AUGUCCAACGCCAAUUCUUUCUUCGCUCUCCCUUCAGUCGAAAAAGCGCGCUCUCAUGGUGAAGUUGUUGCCAGCAAGACUGGGUUAGACGCACAGCUCCUAGGAGAUGCGGCAGUGGCCCUGCAUUACCCCAACUCUUUGAAAUCACCAGAACACAGAAAUAUUCUUGAGCAUGAGCUUAGAUACAAAUGGUCCCAGACAUGGACAAUGUAUUUACUAGCAAUCACCAGUGCAGUUUCGGCAGCUGUACAAGGUAUGGAUGAAAGCACAGUUGGAGGAGCGUCACUUUUUUACAUCAAGAAGUUCGGCAUUGCCAAAGACUCUACUUAUAAUGCCAAUAUUCAAGGUAUAAUAAACUCAAUUCCUUAUCUCGGUGCAGCAGUUUUUGGAUUUUUAGCCAUCCCAUCCAACAAGUAUUUUGGAAGGAGAGUCACGGUGUUUUGGGCCUCAAUCCUAGCUUCUGCAUCCGGCCUCUGGCAGGCAUUCGCACCUUCAUGGGAAAUGUUAAUGAUUGGUCGCUUGGUCAUGGGCGUCUCUAUUGGGGUCAAAUCGGCUACUGUGCCUGUUUAUACUGCUGAAUGUGUUCCAGCCAGUAUUCGUGGAGGUGUGGUUAUGUUAUGGCAAACUCUGACUGCGUUCGGUGUAUUUCUAGGUUUCGCAAUGGGCGCUGCUUUCUUGGAUGCUGGAAGUAAUAAUUGGAGAUUCAUGCUAGGUUCUGUGUUUGUUUUGCCUCUGUAUGUUUGCGCAACGAUUUUCUUUUAUCCCGAAUCACCCCGCUGGUACAUAGAGAAGGAACGUUACAGUGAUGCUUUCAGGUCUUUUCAAAAACUCAGAAAACAAGAACUCAUAGCAGCGCGGGAUUUUUAUCAAGCAUUUUCUUUGCUCGCAAUUGAAAGACAACAACAGCAGUCCAAAAUGGGAAAGCACUGGUACCAACAGGUUGCACACUUUUUCAGGAAUCGGCGCAACCGAACCGGGGCACUAGCAGCAGGAAUACUGAUGUUUGCUCAACAGCUUUGUGGUGUGAACGUCUUGACAUUUUAUAUAUCAAAAGUCUUGACAAACGCGGGAUUCAGUGUUCGCAGUGCUCUAGGAGGCAGCUGUGGUUUUGGUGCGUUAGCAUUCGCUGGUGACCUCACUUCAAUUCCUUUGAUUGAUCGUUUUGGACGACGAGCUCUCGUACUUGUGACAUUCCCUUUGAUGGUCUUGUUCCUUCUUUGGAUUGGGCUCUCGUUCUUGGCAGACGGUGACACUAAGCUGGGGCUUGUUCUCUCAGGAAUCUAUAUAUAUGUUUUCAUCUAUGGAUUGGGUGCAGGUCCAGUGCCUUUCACGUAUUCUGCUGAAGCAUUCCCCUUGUACUUGAGAACGCAGGGCAUGGCAUUUUCCACAGGUGUUACAUGGCUGUUUUGCUGGGUCUUCGGGUUUACACUCCCCAAUAUGGAAAGAUCCAUGGGUGAUACUGGGGUAUUCAGCUUUUAUGCCGGUUGGUGUGCUCUGUUGUUCGUUUUAAUCUACCUUUUCGUUCCUGAAACUAAAAAUUACACUCUUGAAGAGCUAGACGCCGUAUUCGGCAUGGGGAUCCGGAAACAUGCUAAGCUCAAGUGGCAUCAGCUUUUCGACCGCAAGGUUAGAUGUCAAAUCUCCACUGAAUACGUCUCCUCCCUCACAGAUGAUGAAUCUGCCGAUAGCUACCCUAAACGCUUCUAG